GUUUUGAUUCCCGCGUAAACUGAUAAAGAGAAAAAGGCUCCAUUUCUGUGCGAAGUCCGCGGUCUUUUUCUAAUCUCUGCGGCUUUCAUUUUCAACUUCUAAAUCCGCCGAAAUAAUUGUGUAUCUGUUACUGUCACAACCAAAAUAGAUGUUAAAUUGAACUAAGUAAGCAGAAGUAUUGGAAAGAUGUCCUCUGAAAAAGUUCGAACAAGUUGGCGAAAAUCAAGCAAUGGUAGAAGCAUUCCAGAAAUAUGCGAUGAUGGAGAAGCACAAGAUGGCUAUCGCAAUGAGGAGCGCAAUUUCUCUGGUCUGAACUUUGCCAACAGGAGUUGGGCAGAUAUCUGCGAUGAAGACAGUCAGAAAACUCUGGAACCAGAAAAAGAUCACGCAAGCUUACUGUUGCAAGAUGACUCAACACUAGGUCCCAUUUCAACAGACAAAGAAUCAAGCAGUGACAUGAAGGGUGUUAUUUCAUCUGUAUCAUCCUCCAGUGAGAUACGAAUUUUCUCCUCUCAUUCAGGGCUAAUCAAAGGAGUAUUCUCUGAAUCAGAAACCAGAGAGUUUCGUACAGAUAUGAAGCCUACAAAACAGGGCAAAAAACGGAAAGAGUGUGAACUUCUCCUUAAUGAAGAUAGUCUCAGCUUAUCUUCACACUUUGAUGUCAUUAAAAUGGAGAGUCCCCGAAAAACAACGCCGACCAAACAGUUACGCAGUCGCUCACCCAUUUGUUAUGAUGAAUCAACUGUCACCAGCCCCUAUCGCCUUAAACGCAGAGUUCCACUCAAAGAAUCUUUAUCAGAUGACAACCAACCAAUGGAUGAGUCCCUCCCAAGCCCUAGCAAAAUUCCCAAAAGGAAAGAUAGCUCAACUUCGUAUGAAAAAUCCCGCUCCACUCCCCGAGAAAAAUCCCACUCCUCUGCCCGAGAAAAAUCCCACUCGACGCCUAAAGAAAAAUCCCAUUCAACACCAAAAGAGAAAGAGAAGUCCAAGUCUUCUUCCAAAGAUCAUUCCCACUCAAAAUCAAGGACCCCUAGAACACCGAGAACGCCAAGAACGCCACGUGAUGAAAAAUCUGAUAAAACCUCCAAGCGGAAGAGAGUAGAUAGUCAACUGGAUAGUCAGCCAAGCACUCCUGGAAGUGGAUCAAAGCAACGCCUUGAAAUAGAAACAGAUCCAGAAGUUUUACUCCGGAGGCAAAAGCAAAUAGAUUAUGGGAAAAACACGUCUGGCUAUGAGCGCUAUCUAGAAUUGGUGCCAAGAGACUCAAGAAGUAGAGAUCAUCCGAAAACUCCUCCCAAGCAAUUGAAGUACAGUCGGCGAGCAUGGGACGGAUUGGUCAGGACAUGGAGGAAGCGGCUUCAUUACUGGGAUGUACCAAAUGAGGAUGGCACCAUGCCUGAAUACGUGGACGAUUACGGCUCAAUGUCAGAACAAUCAAGCUGUGAUGAAAGCAUGUCUGUGGAGUCCCUGCCCUCCACGCCAAUGCAAGAGUGGAAGCGGCGAGUUCGUCAACGCCAUGAAUCAGAAUCUUCGGACUGCAGUAGCUCAAUGGCAGAAGAUGACUGUCACCCCCUUGCUGUUUCUAAUGACAUCAAAGUUUGACACCUCUCUGAGAAGAUUUUACCUUUCUUCCAUUCUCUUUCUCUUUGUAAUGAAUUAUAACGACCAUAGACUAGUCUCUUUGCAAUAUUGGAGGAGCUCAUAAAAGCCCAUAGAAAGGAAGAGAGUGCAUUGAUUUUAUUGUAGGUUUUUGUAUUUUUAUUUUCUCAAUUUUUUUUGUUUGUCCCGUAAUAUUUUUCUUAUUUUAGGAAGUCCCAAAAUCGUUGUUCUUGCUCCUCUUCUUUUUGCUUCUCUUGUCUGCGAACUCUCCUUGUAACUCUUUUAAAUCUCAAAUCUAUUUUCAUCUAAUAAUCUUUUACUGAAAUUGAUUUAAAAAAUAUUCGUUUCACUUUCAAGCUCCUCAUAAUUUUUUGACUGUAUUAUUCAUAAUUAUGUCUUGACGAAAGAAGAAUGUUGUAAAGUUUCCUCAGCAAAUCAGGUUUUUGAUCCGAAAAGUACAAACAAAAUUUAAAAAAUAGGUCAGUGGUGAAACUGCAAGGACGUAUAUCUCAUUUUCCAUGUUUCAAAAUCUCUGCUUCUGUUCUAUUUCAUCAAAGGAGAGCUAACUAACGCCAUGGCUUCAUAGAUCUUUCAUCACAAAAAGAAGGAAAAUAAUGAUAGUUUUUAAGAAAAGAUGUUGAAUAUAUUUCCAUUUAAAAGAAAGAGCGAGUGACAGAAAGUCUGCAACUUUACAAACUGAGAUUGUGUUCCUGUAGUUUCCCUGUCAAGGUGUGAAAUGAAAGAUAAUAUGGAUUUUAAUAGUUUUCAAUUUUGUUUUCUUUGUCGAGGCUCACUGUGUAACUCUUCAGAACUGAAAUUGAUUAGCCCCUAAUGUGUUACUUACAUCGUACUGUGUUUGAGUUUAGUUCUAGUUCCUUUUAAUUCUCAAUUGUCUUUGAAUAUUACAUGUUAAUCAUUUGAACAUAGAAUAAUCUCCAUGAUAGGGAAGCAAUAUUUUGAUUGACAAGAUGUUCAAUCAUUGUCUUGAAUUGCUUGAGUUUUGACAGUUUAUCAAUCUUUGAAGAUUUCCAAUCAGUCAUCUCUUCUGGUGCUAAUUUCCCUAUGAGAACGCACUUGUUAUUUUGAUCUCAUUUGUCUUGACGAAGGCCUAUACUUUUUUUAUUACCAUCCUUACAAAAGAACAAAUUACAAUUCAAGUUUGAAACGGAGCACUGAUAAAAGACUGGACCUCUUUUGGGAGGUUUUUUUUUUUUGGAAAGAGCACCAUUUGCCGAUAGAUAGAACUGUCACUACUUGGGUGUUUUAUAAUGAGCACUCGGCUGGUUUUUUUUUGUUUAUUUUUUUUCAUUUGCUGUAAUUUAUGAAAUAUUACCCAAUUUACAAGCAGAUAAGAGUAUCCUUAGAGACAAAUAAUAAUGAAAGGUUGCGUGUCUUACCAAAUUUAGAGUAAUUUAAGCUGGUAAUUGUUGCUAGAUUAAAAUAUAUGUCCCUCAAAGCAGAAGAAAAAAAAAGAGGUUAACUUUUAAGUGAAUUUCAUAAACUGUAUCUCCAUUUAAUGAGUGUUAAUGAUUCCAUAAACUUUUUAAUGAAAAUCUAAGCAUGCAAGUCAAAAUUUUCAUUUUUACUGAUCUCAUUUCCUUAUGAUUCAUGAUGUCACUAAUUUUAUGAAGCACCAAGUUAUCUGAAUCUUCAGACAUUCUCAAGGGAAGAAGCAAAACCCUAUGAUUGAAAUUGACCUGAAAGUACAGCUUAAAUAUCCAAGAAAAAUUUGUACAUCAGCAACUUUCUUUCUUGCUCAACAUUUCAACCUUCAUCCUGAUCUAAUUGAUAAUUUCUUCCAUUCAUUUUCUCAUCAAUUGAAAAUUUUGACAUACGUUUUCAGGAAUGGCAAUCCCUGAUUAUAACUCUACAACAAAUUGAUUAAAGAUAUAAGCACUAAGACCAAUAAAAAUUCGAAGUUUUUAACUAGUCUCCCAUUGCUGCAUUUUAAAAAUAUUAUUUGGAAACACAGUUUAAAGGUAGAAAAGUUAUAAUAAAAAAUUGAAGGGGGCCAUUUUUCAUCCUUUGCUUUUAGUCCACGCACUAAAAAUUGGCAAGUGCCUAGUUGGGGAGUUCAAAUUUUCAAAAUUAUUUUUCAGGUUUUUAAUUUUUUUAGGUUUCUCAUACAUUUAAAAAGCAGUAAAUUGUUUUUGUCAAGUCUAAUGAGGCAAUGAGUAUAGCAUGACUAGUUGUCUGAAAAUUUUGUUCCUUAGUGCCUGGUUUCCGGAAGAUUUUUAUGAAAUGCAGUUCAAACCUCACUUUGUUUUCGGUAUUUUAAGGAGAAUGAAAUCCUGUAAAAUUUUUAGUAAUUAGUAAAUCAGUAUUUGACUGAAUACCUCCGCAAAAGAGUAGGUAGAAAAAAUUGACCAAUCCUCUUGAUCAACGGUGGACUUAUUUUUUUUCUUUGUAGUUUUGUUUUUACUGUAAAAAGAGAUAUCGUGUUAUGACAUGAAGUUUUCAUGCAGAAUUUAUUCGGACCUAUUUAAAUUUGCAAUUUCUCUAUUUGCAAAUUGUGUUAAAUUUAAAAGAAGUAUAUUUUUAGCCUUUUCUCCAUCAUUCUCGAUUGGAGAGGAGCUUGUUUUCAGAGGCUUUCAAUUAAGGAGCUUCACCUCCUUAUUCUGUUUUCAUCUUCUUUUGUAUCAAUUUGUAAAUUCACCAUUAGUUUGGUUCGGCAAUAUUUCAUUUCUGGUCACCAUGUAUUAUUCUUAACUAACGUCCUCAAUUUCUUAAAUUUUUGUCUGUACAUUUUGUCUUGUAGUGCUUAGUGACAAACAUUUUUGCUCUAAUUAGGAUGGACUGUAAAUGGCUUUAGUACACAGGUUGUGAUUUGUUGGUAGCUUUCUUUCAACUCGUUUCAGCUAAGCCAGUUCUGUUUGAACAUGACCACUUUUGAGUUCCGUUUCAUGUAUUCCUUGUGAUGUGUGAGAGCUGUAUAAACAAAUGGUUCGGUGUCAAGCCCAAACCGUUUCCAAAUAACGUUUACCCACCUCUGUUUUUAAACAAAAUUUGAGCCAAUUUGAGUAAGAGGCUAGUGCAUGGAUAAAGCACUACGUGAAAUUUGUAGGAUGUUCCAGUUUUUUUUUUCUCCUCACCUUCAAAGAGUAUAAUAGAUAGUACUUUUCAAAAUUGUCUGACUUUUAUUCCCUAAUGUCCUCCGUUUUUAUUUAAGAAAGGAACCUAUAAGUUCCUCGCUCGAUAUAUGUCAAUUUUUUUUUGUGAAUUUUACAAUUUUAAUAAUAAUUAAUGUAGCGUGUACAUACAUUUGUAUUUCUAGGGGAUUAAUUAACAAUAAUUGAAAUAGAUUAUUUUUUCUGAA